GCGUUUGUUAUAUCUCUAUUGGCCGCUAAGUUGUUAUUAAACGGCCACGCAUACAAGUAUCCUCAUUGAACCUUUCGGGCUACACGGAACCCCAAUAAACAUGAGGAUUUAGCAUUUUUUCCAGGACGUUGAAAAUGAGAGUUCCUCACCGACUUCAUUCAUGUGCCGCAGUCGAGCGCUGAACGCGGCGGAGGGCGGGCGCGUCCCCGAGCCGCACUCCCCGACAAUGCCGAUACUAAUUCGCUUUAGUUUCCUUAUCCGUGUGAAGUGAAGUGCAAUUAGUACGUUGCAUGCCCGUCUAACGUUGUGCACAUAAACUAAUUGUAUCCAUACAAUCCGCACAAAUACUCUGAUAAAUCCAAAACUUUACGCAUUAUUGAGCAAAUAAUUUUGCAACUUUUACAUGAAAAAGUUUUAUCUGAAAUGCAAAUUGAUACUUAGAGUAAAUAUACUUUAGCUGAGAAUAACUAAUAAAACGGUUUUGCCGUGUAGACUGGUUUGGUGAUUAAUCUAUGAGGAUGUAUGAAGGAACAAUGCUUGGAUAGGUCUUAGUUGGUAAACUCUGUGGGUUGUUGUUAUGAAGACGAAGUUGGAACAUUAGUGGUGUGUGUGGAAAGCGGGAUGCCUUGCUGUGGCUGCUGGUGGAGCGGCAGACAGAGGCAUCGACCGCCCGACGCCGACACUUCAGGGAACCCUCGAAACAAAUGCGCUCUCCAACCUGGUCACAGUUUGAUGGACUGGAUCCGACUCGGCAACUCCGGCAAGGACCUGACGGGCGUCGGCGGCCGAAUACGACCAGUCUCACCCGCUGAACUGGCCACACACAAUACACUUAACGACGCCUGGCUCGCGAUCCGCGGGCGCGUCUACAACAUAACGCAUUACUUACCGUAUCAUCCCGGGGGGCCUGAAGAACUAAUGCGCGGCGCCGGCAUGGACGCGACACAACUGUUCGACAAGGUCCACCCGUGGGUCAACUACGACUCUCUUCUCGCGAAGUGCCUCGUAGGACCACUCCGAUUUGAGCUUCCCGAUGCUGACGAACUCUUCGAUACCUCGAAUCCUUCGCCAAAGUCUGACCGUCUCAGAGAACCAUCAAAAGCUCAAGAAUUAGUUAGAAAGUCAAUGGAGAACUUAGCGAAUUGCAUAACGCCAGUCCGAAAAAAAAUAACUGCAAAAACUGAAGAACCUACAAAAGGCAGUCCUCCUAGCAAAAUUAUGCAGAGUUUAGUGCACUCCGUAGAUUUACCUGUGUCUAUAAGUAGAAGAGCUGGGUCGAGUCCCGGUAAGAAAACUGAAAAAAGUGUAGAUUCGCCAUUACCGCUCCGGUACGAUUGGAUACAAACAUCAAUGAAGCUCACGAUAUCCGUGUACACAGGCCACCUGGCCAACCCAGGCGGCUGCGCACGGAUUACCGAAGGAUUUCUGUUGAUUGAAGUAGCGACCAACGGUUGGUUAAGGACGCUCAAAGUAAAACCCGAAGCUAAAUUAAAAGAGCCUUUACAGUUGCGUGUUUUUGCUGAAAGCGGGAAAAUAGAGAUGACCGCACACAAAGCCGAGGCGUGCGUGUGGAAGGGUUGCGGCGAGGUGUCGCUGGGGGCGGCCACGCGCGUGUCGUCGCCGCGGACCGUGGACUGUCGCGUGCUCGAGAUGGGCAAGGUCUCACAUGACACCUCGCUCAUCGCUGUGUGUCCACGCACCGGGCCUGUGGUCGUGCCCAUCGGACAGCACGUACGAGUCCACAAAAGAGUUGAUGGCAACGAGUGCGUCCGGUCCUACACGCCUGUGGGUGACGGCUGGGGCCCUUCAGAUAGUACCGACAUGUUCUCGGCCCUCCGCCUCGCCGUCAAGCGCUACGACAGUGGCGCCCUCUCCCCACACCUCACGACACUACAAGUCGGAGACCUCAUUAGUCUGUCCGGACCUUACGGCAACUUUCAAUUGCAAAAGCUAAAGACAGUGAAGACGUUGUAUUUAAUAGCAGCUGGUACUGGUAUCACUCCCAUGCUUGGCCUUAUAAAGUUCAUGCUGUCACGAUCCAAUCCUAGGUGCGAGAGGACUCACUUGUUAUUCUUCAAUAAAACAGAAGCCGACAUCUUAUUCGAAGAAAACUUAAAAACAAUGUCAAGUGAAGAUGACAGGUUAAAAAUCACGUACGUGUUGUCUGAAGCAAGCUCAUCAUGGACGGGGCAUAAAGGACGCAUCACCAGUGAACUGCUUACAGAGUCCUUCGGAAACAUUCAGUGUGAUGACAAGUGUACGCACUUUGCCUGUCUGUGCGGCCCAACAGAGUUCACGUACACAGGGCUAGACUUUCUAAAGAAGCAAGGUUUAAAAGAUAAUUGCAUUCACGCUUUUAUGGGAUAAAAAUGUAUCUAACAUUAGUCUUUUCUGGUAUAAAAUCAAUUACAAAUAGCAAUACGUCAUCGGAUUUUUAUACAGCACGUAAUGAAACUCCUCAUGUAAAAAGUAUCUAGAAAAGUACAAAAAGGUCGACACGCAUUUUAGAAUUUUUAUAUUCAAAGAAAAUUUAUUUUUGUUUCUUAACUGCCCUAUGGAAUGAAUAUUAAUAAGAAGACUUUUAGUGAGCAAGGAUCUUUAAUAGCAGUCGUAAACAAGUAAUGUGUAAAAAGCUCUUUAUUGUAGAAACUGCAAAUCAAGUUUCGGUAAAAUUCUAGUUGCACUUACAACGACUAAGAGAACUCUUCAAAAAAAGUAUGAUGUGUAUUAGUUUUAAAACCAAAGUGUGAUAAAUUAGCUUUUUUAGACUUCGAACAUUACUUUAUAGUAAUUUGUGAUUAGACAUUAUUGUGAUUGAGUAGAUUAGCUCAAUGUACAGAAAGACAAAAAUAAUAGGCAUAAUAUUGUAUGAAGUAAAUCCCAGGCGAUAUUUUAAGUACCUAUUCCAUCCAUUAUUCAAUAUUUGUAUUCAUAAUUUUAGUACUCUUGUCUCCAUCCUAAUUUCAUAACAACCUUUUUCGUGCCUCUUCCGAGUUUUGGUUUAAUAAAUGCGAAUGUGUUGGUACCAUUACUUAAUUGUGAAAGUUUUACGUUCUUCAUAAAAAUGUUUGUUACACCUGAUUUAUUUAUAAUUAUAUAUUUAUAAUCAUAUAUAUUAUAUUUGGCUAUGUAUGUACCUUUUAUUUAGUCUGUUAACAUUGUCCACAGAUAAUUACUUAGACCAAACUUUAAUAAAAUUAUACUGUUAUAGUUUCGAAUCAAAUCUAACCCAGCACUUGUUUUCUAAAAUUAAUGUAGUACUUAUUAACUAUUUAAAUAAGACAUAACAUAUUCAAUUCUACUUUAAUUUGAAUCAUAUGCAUAGUAUUAUUGUCAGCAUCCUGGAUAUAAAAGUAAGCAAAGUAUGUAUGUAAAUUCAUAACCAAAAAUGUUCAUAAUAUUGCUUCCGUAGACUAGCGAAAGUUCUACAAUCUUUAACUAUAUGUUUCGCUCGUAUUCACACAAGCUUCCGGACAGAGAUUUCCUAGUACAUCUCUUGGUAUUCAUGUAUGCAUAGAUAUGGGAUUUUUCAUGUCGCAAUUCGUACUCACCUCGUCUUUUCUCCAAGAUGUUGCCGAAUGAUGUUUUUUCUGACAUGCAAAGUAUCCCUCAUCUUUGCUUACCUGUUAGUGAGUGCAGGCCAUAAACACUUUUUAUUUCUUCAAUACCUUGUUGCUGGAGCGGAAUUAUCUUAAUCUCCUAUUAAGAGUUCUUAAACAAGCUUUCCUUAGUCACCGGGAUUAUAAUCCUUUUCUGGAAGAAAGCAAAAAUUUGGAAUAUGGCCAUCUUUCUUGAUUUCCUCUUUCAGCUGUUGAAUACCUACACAUUCUGCAAUCCAGACAUUUGGGCGCCUUUUUUGGACCCUUCUUCCCAUGAUUGGUGUGGUGGUCAAUAUUAAUUAUACUUAUCAUUGUAUUGCUCGUGUGUUCCUAUGGUUUAGUUUGCAUUAAAAAAUCCGUCAAAAUACUUGUUGCAUACAAAUGUUGCGUGCGUGUUGUCAGUAGAUUCGAUUUGAACAAUUCAAACGUUAUGGCUUGUAGAAGUACCAAUCGUUUACGGAGGCGAUAUUUUCAAUAAUGUCAUACAAUAUAACAAUAUUUCGGACAUCAUGGUAUUACAUUAAUUACAACAUAUCAAGUAUGUACUUACAAUUUGUAAAGUUUGAACCAAGUUUUGUAUUUAUUUAUAUACAUAUAUAUUUUAAUUAGUUUUUUAAAUUAUUUUUAUGAAACGGGUAACCACUAAAGAUGCAUUACUAAUAGUGUUAUUGAGAAACUAAUGUAUAGGUCUAGGUGUGUGUUAAAUACUUAAAAGAUUUUAACAUUUCAAUCUGAUCAUUUUAUAGUCUAUGUAUAUUGUAUGAUAUCUUCAUUUAUGCUUUUACUCAUGUAAGUGAAUUUUGUGAAUGUUAUAAAGUGCCUACAUUCCAGGUGGUGUUUCGUUUUAGUGUGUUGUUGACUUAUGGGUUUCUAAUAAAUAACUUAAAGAGUA